AUGAAAGAAACGACAACUGGUCUUGAUGCGUUUAAUAUUAUUGAUUCUUAUCUUAAAAUAUUAAAUUUAUCUUGGGUUUAUUGUUAUGGUAUUUGCACUGAUGGCGCUCCUAGUAUGAUUGGUUCUAUAAAAGGUUUUGUUACAUUGGCAAAAAAGUGUGAUAAAAAUAUACUUGCAACUCACUGUUUCCUUCAUAGUGAAGCCUUAGUAGCAAAAACUAUCGGUCCUCAGUUAAAAAAUGUUCUUGAUGAUGUGGUAAAAAUGGUAAAUUUUAUUAAAAUGAGACCAUUAAAAACACGACAUUUUUCUUUAUUAUGUGAAGCAAUGGAAUCACAAUUUACUAAACUUAUUUUACAUACAGAAGUACGAUGGCUAUCUCGUGGUAAAGUUUUGUCCAGAGUACAUGAGUUAAAAAAUGAACUUAUCGUGUUUUUUACUCUUGAAAAUGUACCCGAAUUUUGUGAAUUAUUAACGAACGAAAAAUGGUUGGAAAAACUAUCAUACUUGGCAGACAUAUUUUCACACUUAAAUCAAAUAAAUUCAAGUAUGCAAGGACCAAAUGAAAAUAUAUUGGCAUCAUGUAGUAAGUUAUUUACUCUUAAAGAUAAAUUAAAAAUCUGGAAAAAACGUGUGCAAAAAAAUCAAUUUGAUAUGUUUCCUUCAUUAUCUGUAACAGAAGAAAGUUACGAAGUUAUGACAUUUAUAAUGGAGCAUUUGACUGCCUUAGAAGAAAGUAUAGACGAGUAUUUUCUUAAUUUAGAUAUUUCCAAGUAUGAUUGGAUAAAUGAUGUAACAAAACUUAAAUGGAAGAAGAUUUCGUUCACUCCAUUGAAAAAAGUUAUUAAGAUUGAGUUGUAA